CUCUUAUUUAUUUUCUUCUCUCUUGAAUCCUACAUGAUUGAUUGGUAUCAUGAUUCCCUAAAUUCUGCCUCCUCUCACACUGUGAGGACGCCAUCCCCCCCAGAGACGACUGGUUCCCGCCUAGUCGUUAAUGCGGAGAAGCUCGCAAGGUUGUCUAGACCGCAUGCUCUCCGAAUGCUCCAACGCCCUGUUGCCUGAGCUCUUUGGCGUCUACCUUCAGUCUUCCUGUGUAUGCCUGUUAUCUAGCACCCUAGAUAACCCCAUCUGUCCCUCUGUUGCCUUAUCGCCCGUCUCCACGCUUUUCUUUUGGGUUCGUUAGCAUGGACCGCGGCAGCGCAUUCGUCGCUUCUCCGUUUCCUUCCUGAUCGAGAGAUCCGUUGCGUGCUAGCCCGGCCUUGGUGUCGUCACCACCACACUUCUUACAAGGGACUCUCUUACAUUUCUUCCUCACUGGUCCUUUCUACAGAUCGACCAUGCAUCAACAUCCACGGUCGCCGGCGCCGCAAGCGCCUGCCUCGAGCAGGUCGAGCUUAUCUCGUUCUGCCGAUCGCAGAGACCCCGAUUUCCGCCCGAACUCCCCCACAGCCGAUGUCCGCAUACAACAUAGCAGAGGCCUGGGCAUUGAGACGGAGCCUGCCUCGGAGCAGUCGCAGAGUAGGCCGCCUGGAAAGGAGGCGCUGGCAAAGCUCAAUCAGAUCAUCUCGAAUUAUCACACGAAAGCCGCUUUGAUCAUAUUACACUCGCGAGUCGAACUCCCGCCGUCGUUUGUCAAGGGCUCCGACGCCCCGAAAGUGAACCGCUGGUUCAAUGUCGAGAUGGAGGAUACGGACGCUCUGCGAGAGCAGUUGCGGACGUGGAGGAUAUGUGAUGCGACCGAGAAUCGGCCCCCUCCUUUAAUCAUCGAAACCUACCUAGACACGGCAGGACUCACAAAUAACCAGAGUCUCGUGGCAUUAGAUGAGAAUGGGAAGCGAUGGGACGUGCUCGAAUCUCUCGCAACGUCACGAGAGGCACAGCCCGUUCGCCCUCCAUCUUCCAAAUCCGAUGAUGUCAUUUUGGAACGAUGGAGAGUUGAGUUGGGAGAUACGUCCAACCGGCUCCCAACUGAUCUUGCUUCUAUUUUGCCGACGAUAUACAAAAAGAGCAUCGUGCUCUUCAGAUCCUUAUUCGCCUAUUCGAAAUUCCUGCCCGCUUGGAAGUUUGCCAAACGCAAUGGGCGGCUGCGGGCCAACCCGGCUCUACGCAUCAAAUAUAGAGUCCUCAGCGGACAAACCCCUCAAGAAACCCCCAAGCCGGAUCACCUGACUAUCCCGCUCUUUGAAGGAAACAACAAGGUGGUCGAGACGUAUAGUUUCGGAGUCACAGAAUCGCCUGCGGGUCCAUUUUCAGUGCAAGUCACCUACCGAACCAGUUGUGACUUUAGAGUGGACGAUGCAGAAGCUUUACUCAGCUCACGUUUCAUGGGAGCCGACGAUGAGAUCUUCCGUCCAUCGUUACCAAACAAAGAGCUGCACACCAAAGCGCCGAAUCCUGAGAUUGGGUCGGUGCCGCUAGAGAAGAGAACCGUCGACGAUCCAGACCCAAGCCAGGCAUACGGGAGCCUCUCAACUUUCCACCAAGUCGGACCUACGACCGGUGCAAGCCCAAUUUCCGCUCUCCGGGCUGCAAGGAAUUCAGGAACGUCGUCUCCCUCUCCGCCUGGCUCCUCUUCCCGCCGACCUCUGUCCAUGGCUAAGGCCAGCCCUGCCGGCCGCGCCGCUGCCCUCGCCGGAGAAGGCAGUCCUGGGAUUGGCAGACGACCGUCCAUCUCCUUCCAACCGUUCAAAGCCCCGCCGCUAUCCGCCUCGCCGUCGUUAGUCGACCCUCCCUUGGGCGUUUCUCCGCGCUCGGGCCCAGGGCCUCGCACCGAGGCUCGAACUAUGCCUCCCCCAUCGAUGGCCGCGUCGGCGCGCAGAUCCCUAACCGCGGCCCCGGACAAUGCGAUUGCCUCCUCCAAUUCCGCGUCUCCGCGACCCGCUCCGAUCUCGAGAUAUAGUAGCGCUUUCAGCCACCGUCGAGGUCGGCCUUCUUCCGGUGGAAUCAAGGCGGAGGAUGAUACCUCCAGUGGCAAAGCUAGUGCGACGUCAUCUGCCCAACCUGGCUCUGGCCUACUCGCAGAAGCAACGGGCACGAGUGCAGAAUCCAUCCAUGCGGACGAUGAGAAUAUCUCUGAGUUCUUAAAAAUGCUCGAUUUGAAAAAGGAUCUGCUAAACCCUUCAAAGCCCACCACCCUUGACGCUGCUGCGCGUCGAACCACUGCCACCAGUGCGGCUCUAACCCGAUUCCAGCGCAUGAGAGAUUCCAAUGCAGCUCUUUCAGACUCAAUGUCGUCGUCCUUGCUUUUGCAGCGUUCGUCCAAUUCUUCGAGCAAGCAGCUCUCGGGCGUCCCCCCUAUGGUGGCCGGCACAUCCAUCUCCACGGCGUCGUCACCUGGAAAGCCAAUAUCCCCUCAUACACCACACACUCCGGCCAUCCCGUCUCGCCUCAGCUCCAACAGUAUCGUCGAUUAUAAUGACCCUGAGAACACCGGCCAACGGCCCUUGCAUGGAGAGCAUGACCCCUCCCUCGACGAGAACAGCGAUGGAACAGAGCGAACGCCGUCAGCCGUGAACCCCAUCGAUAUUCCCACGUCGCCUAGGGUUUUCCCUCCUGUCUACCGUCGCUCUAGCUCUGCCGCACACCGCCGCCGUACCAUCGCUGUUGACGAAGACGAGAUCUUCCCCUUCAACAUGCGAAGCGUGAGCUUGGGAGCUGAAGAGAGGUCUAACCUCAGCCUGAGUGCACUUCAUCGGCAACAUGAGUACGAGAGCAAUGAACCCAAUGUGGACCAAGCGCAGGAGCAGCUGCGUACUACGCCGUUGAACGAUAACCCAGCAGUGCCUCCAUCCUCCACGGCGCGUGACCCGGCUCAGCACCGAAGCUCAUUGCCCUCCGGAGCCGCGGCAACUUCUACAUCGUCGACCCAUCACCACGUGUACCAGCCCCGCUUUAGCAGUUCCCGUGGCCGAGGGUAUUCUGGAGGUCCUCAUUCUCUCAGUUCAGGCUCGAGCAGUCUCGCGCGUGGAGCCGCGGUCCCGCCGUACGCGGCAGACCGUGACAAUGACCGCGAAGGGACUGGGAGCGGUAGCAAUAGCGGAACUUCCGCCUUGGAUGAACGCCGCGGAGCUGGACGACGACCUAGUGCCGGCCGUGGUGGCCCUCCCCAGGCGGCAGAAGAGGACGAGCCCUUGCUAUUUGCAAUGAGCGAUUUCGGCGCCUCUCGUCGCAGUUUCGAAGAGGGCCGACAUGGCAAUCAUUCCGCGGAUACUAGUGGUUCAAGCGCAUCUAGACGAGGCAGCGGUCGACGAGGAGGAUUAGCAGGAUUUCACGUCUGGUAGGAGAUACCAGAUCGAGUCCUGAAUGUGAAUACGCCGCUUUUUCUCGAAGUCAUCUCUCUCCGCCCCUUCUCACAUUCUUACUUUCUCUCUACCUUUUCUUUACUUCUCGGCAUUUGAACAGGAUUCAUCUUACUGCCGCAUUUCAUCUUAUACCACGUUUCUGAUUUUAUUUCUUCUCAUUCUUUCCUCGUGCCAUUUAAGCCAGGGCAGCUGUUCUUAUAGACUGAUACGCGCAUGCGAGCAACACCAUGAUGAAACAAGGUUUGGAGAAUAGAAAUGGCACGGAGGCUUCCUUUUUGGCUGUUCUCAAAAUCGUUUUGCCUGGGCAUAUUGCGUUUUGGAGUCAAAUGACGCCCUUCCAUUUUGUUUUAGAUUCUUGUGAAAUGCUUUUGCGCUUAUCUUUUCUUGUUAUUUUCUCAUUUCAACCUGUGCAUUUUUGGUAUGUAAUUACAGCAUCCCUAUGAGUAUGAUUUGGUUUUUGUUUACGAUGAUGCCCUAUUAAUAGGUCAGGCGUUGGAUGGGCUUUUGUCUUUUUUUUUAUUUACUAUCUAUCUAUUUUGAUCUAGUCAGAAACAGUGACACAAUUUGAGAAUAUUGAUCAAAUUUCUUUCAUCUUAGGAUUCUUAUUCUUGUGCUUUGGCCGAUAAAUAGUCAUAAGCCGAAUCCGGUUUACUUGUGAAUACUUCAAGACGUAAUGCAAUUCUUUUGGUUCUAGGUCAUAUUUACAGUACAUUAUACACAGCAUCCAGCUUUCCUCUCCUCUUGCCUUUCCCAUUCACCGUUCAAGGGGUGGGCCUGAGUGUCCCUGUUUCUGGGGACUCGGGAUAGGAUGUCCGACGCCACCAACGUAUCCAGGCGAAGGGACCGCUUUCCCAACCAUCUUGAACGAGUAAGACGGCACGUAACAGUGACGUUGCAUGUUCAGCUAGCCCAAGUCUAGCUCAAGAUACAGGAUAGAUGCUCACAGGACCGGAGGUAGUCAGAUACUCCGUACACUUUCUAGGUAAAAAGUGUCCCAGGGAGGCCUGGAUUUCGGGAACGAUACGUUAUGACGAGAGGAAGGGCUGGGGAAUCCUUCCCCUCUUCGGUUUGAUUUUUUCAUUAAACGCCUUGUUGUUUUUUGGGUUUGCUUUUGCGUCAAAAGGUAUGAAGGGGUAUCGAUUUAGAAACAAGACUUUUUCGUAUCACAGAUCCCGAUGAAUCACAUCUUUCGGAACGUGUUUCCGGAAGCGCUUCGUCGCUCCUUCGCCUUGAAACUGGUCUUGUCAAACUGUGGUUCCGGGGCUCGUUUGGACGCCACACGCGGCGCGAACGUCACUUCUCGCUCGCCGACCACGCCGCCGCCACGGCGCGCAGGCUUUUGCUUAGUGCGCAUAUUCUGCGCCCGAGAACCGAAAGAACGAUCGCGGGAGGAGUUGGCGGCGUUGGAGGAGGAAACCUGCAUGCGCGGCUGGGGACGAUUGGUGCGCUUGUAGGACGAGGUGGAGAUCUUGUUGGAGGGCUUUUCUUGGACGGGUCGUGCUUGCUCAUUGUCGGAGUCUGAGUCAUCAUCGUCAGAGCUCGAGCCGGGCACGUCGUCAAUUGCUUCCUGCUCCACGGCUGUGAGGCCUCGCUCCUUCCUGGUGGACUGGUCGGGAACGGUGCUGGGGUUUUGAAGCUGGAAUUCGCGAGAGGUUUCGUCGAUGGCGAAAUCUUCAUCCUCGAACAGCUGGGUGAAACGGCUGUCACCGAGCAGACCCUUCUGUUCGGCCUCGGGCUUGUCGGUUGUUGCAGGGGCAUCGACCAUGUCUUCGUCGCCGCCACGGUUAAGCACGCGCUGUGCCUUGCGACGCUCGUUCUUGUCCUCGAUGGCCAUGAGUUUCUCGGCGAGUUUCUUGUUGACCUUGACGGCCGCCUUCUUCUUGCCGCGGAUUCUACUCUCACGCUCCUGGUCGAUUCUCUCCUUGACUCGCUUGGCACGCUGUUCUUCCCAGAUGUACGGGUUGGUGAUCAGUCGAGCCUCUUCAUACAAGCGCUGAGCCACAAAGUAACCGUGCAUGUAAGGGCGCAGGAGAUUGGUCCGGCCAAUCAAAUGCUCCAGGUUCAAGGUCUUCAGUUGAGGAACAGUCAAGAACUUGUAGUUGUCGUAAACAGAGCCAGACUGGCCAGUGCUGAAAGAGUUGGGAUCGUUGGGGUCCUCGGCCAUCUCCUCCACCAGGUUGUCCAAGAACGAGCACCAUCUGGGGGCGGGUCCAAGUUGGGGGAUGAAGAAUGCAUGCUGCUGCCGACCUUCGUUGGCAGUCAAGAGCAUUCCGCUGUCCUUGCACCAGGCGACGGAGUUGAUGUCAACAGCAGGUUCCACAGACGUCCAAGGAGUGCCAUCCCGAGGAUCCCAAAGCUUGAUGAUCUUCUUGUCCGCCGAGAGGAUCUUGGGUUCCAUAGUCUGCUCACGGGUGGAUGUCGAUGGCUGAAGGAACUUGAGCGUGUGGAUGGGGAAGCCGUACCCUUGAUCCUUCUUAAGAAGAGGAACCGGGGAUCGAAGAUCGUACAGGUGAAUGAGACCGUUGGAAGAGCCAGUUCCGAGAGUCAACCCCGAGCGAUGGAACUCUAGUGCCGUAAUCUCUGACCGCAGAUCGUCGGGUGCUGAUUGUGUGGGUGGGAGUAGAAUGCCCGCUCUGCCCUUGGCUCUGGGGUCCCAUAGCUCCACGGUUCCUAGCGUGGUACCGAAGGCCAAAAGACCGUGACUGUCCUCGGCGAUGGCUCCCGUGUUGACCGCUCCGGUGUUGAUACCACCCUGCAACGCUCCUCCACCGGCUGAGGUGAAAUCGUCACCACCGACAUCGACUUCGAAGCUGCGCAUGUAACGACCCAUCUCGAGGUUCAGUCGAAACACCUCACCCAUUCCAUCCUGGUUCACGCCGACAGAGGGGACCAGCGCAUCUGUGGAAAAUCUGUCGUAGAUCAGAUCACGACCGUAGCGGGGAAGUCUUGUGGUGUAAUGGCAGCCGGAGGGUGUAUGGAACUGAAGGGAACGGUCGGAUUGUAAGUGAAGGGAUUUCGAAUAGUCGGACGAGAGGAGAAUAAAGGUUGUGUUCAGGGCAUCCGUAUGACGAGCCCAUGAAAGCGACAGCUGCGGGAGAUGAUGGGUGUGAAUUUGAGGUUUAUAGGUUCCUGGAUUGCACGAAUUUGGUCAGUCGCAAAGAACCCCAAAUUUCAAGUUAAAGACAACGCAGGCAGUUAGAAGGACUCACCCGUGCUCAUGACCCAUUCGCCAUCCUCACUGACCCGAAUACAUUGGCUAGCUUCUUCGAACUCGAAAUCUUGGAGUAGCUCGACUCGAUUCGCAUACUCCGGAUCAUUUUUCAAACUGCGCUUGCGUCGUCUGGCAAGCCAUUCUGGAAGUGGACGAGCCGUAUUCGAGCCGGAGAUGGUGUAGACCGGCACCUCGGACUGGUUGGAAAGCUUCAUGGCGGCGCUGGUGCACUUUCCUGGAGUCGCGAUCAACAAGACCGAAAAGAAAAGAAAAUGCUAAGGAAAAAAAAAAGUUAUCGAUAGGGAAGGGCACGUGACCCGGUGUGCGUGACCCGGCGCUGAUUGGGCGACGCGGGCCGAGCCAACCUCCGUUUGGGUUUCGAAGGUCUGCGAUGCAACAACAUUCCCUCGG